CCAAAUUGGGAUGAGCUCAUUCUUAAACUUCCCUGCAAACCAGAGCAGUGGAGGCAACUUAGUAAGAACCGGUCCACACAAGAAAAAAUCGGUCUACUCAUCCACCAGGUCUACGGCGGUGGCAAAAUAUCAGAACUCGAGGUUCCUGAGAGCGAAGGGCCAGAUGAUUCGAACCUCGGCCAACAGGAGUCUGGUGAGAACGGGAAAAUCCAGAUGGGGUCAUUAACAACAAGCAGCGCGAAAGGGAAGCAAACAGAGUCUCAACUUUUGCCGUUGGCCCUGCUCGAGGGCCUAGAGCCCGGAUCAGAUAAGGACACUAUUGAGGAAGCAGUGCGCACGUUAUCAGUCAACAUUGACUUUGCAAAGAAAGCCUCUGAAGUUGUGGUGCGAAGUGCCAGGAGUGACAAGGUCGAAAAGUCGGAGGCAUCGGAAAAGUCAGAUAUACAGACUUACGAGUAG